AUCCAUGAUCAAUGCUUCAGAUGGCACGAGAAUCACUCGCCUCUCUCUCACCUCUUCUUCCUCAGCUCCGUUCCCUACUUCCCUCCCUCUCCGGCGUCCGCCGCCGCCGCCGCCGCCGCCGCGCCGGCACACCAUGGCGGCUUCGCCGUGAGCUCAUCAUGAGCUUCAAGCACGGCUCCGACUCCGAUAUCUCCCUCCCGCACCAAUGCCAGCCUCCUCCCUCCGCCUCCGCGCCCUCCUCGCGUCGCCGGCACCGCUCCCCGCGCGCGCGCUCCUCGCCGCCCACGCCCUCCUGCUCACGUCCGGCCUCGCCGCGGACUCCGCCCUCCUCGCGCACUUCGCCAGGCACCUCGCCUCCGCGGCCGCGCGCUCCUCCUCCUCCGCCGCCGCCGCCUCCGCCUUCCGCGCGCUGCUCCUCCUCCGCCCGCGCUGCGCACACCCGUUCAACGCUCUCAUCUCCAGCCUCACCCAUGCGGGCGACCCCUCCGCGGCGUUCCGCGCCUUCGCGCUCCUCCUCGUCGCGUCCGGCGCGGGCGCGGGCGCGCGGCCGGACGGGUACACGCUCCCCGCGGCGCUCAAGGCGUGCGCGCGGCUGGGCGGCGGCCUCCGGGAGGGCUGCCAGGCGCACGCGGUCGCGGAGAAGGCCGGGUUCCUGGGGCGCGUCCCUGUGCAGAACGCGCUGGUCACGUUCUACGGUGCCUGCGGCCAGUGUGGCGACGCGAGGAAGGUGUUCGACGAAAUGGCAGAGCGGGACGUUGUGUCAUGGACCGCGCUGUUGUCUGCGUUCACCAGGGGAGGUAUGUUCAUGGAGGCUCUCGGGGUCCUUGCUGAGAUGGACGUUACACCGAACGAGGUAACACUGGCAAGCGUGCUUGUCGCUUGUGGAAAUCUGGGGACGGCACGGGCUGGGAAGGCCGUGCAUGGAUGGUACUUCAGGCGGGAGAAGGAGCUGAACCUAAUUGUUGGCAAUGCUCUGUUAGAUAUGUAUGUCAAGUGCGAGAAACUGGAUCUUGCAAGGAGGGUAUUUGACAUGCUUUUGGCGAGGGACAUUGUUUCAUGGACGGUUAUGAUAAGUGGCUUGGUGCAGUGCAAGCGUCCUAGUGAAGCAUUGGAGGUGUUCAAUGCGAUGCAGAUAUCGGGAGUGAAGCCAGACAAGGUUGUUCUUUCCACUGUCCUCUCAGCUUGUGCAAGCUUGGGCGCACUGGAGUCUGGUAGGUGGGUUCAUGAGUACAUAGAACGGAAGGGCAUCGAGUGGGAUGUGCAUGUGGGGACUUCAGUUGUUGAUAUGUACGUCAAGUGUGGAUGCUUGGACACCGCUGUUUCCAUCUUCCAAGAGAUGCCCCUCAAGAAUGUAUCUUCCUGGAAUGCGUUGAUCAAUGGGUUUGCAUUGCAUGGUCGUGGCAGGGAGGCUCUUGACUGCUUUGACAGGAUGGUUGCAUCAGGUUUGCACCCCAAUGAGGUCACUUUUAUAACUGUCCUUGGUGCAUGUUGCCACUCUGGUUUAGUGCAAGAAGGCCGUCAGUUGUUUGAGUUGAUGACAAAGUCCUACAAGCUCUCACCUUGGGAAGAUCAUUAUGGUUGCAUGGUUGAUCUUCUUGGAAGAGCUGGGCUCAUCCAGGAAGCAUAUGAUGUAAUUAAAGCCAUGCCUAUGAGACCCGGUGUGUUCACAUGGGUAACCCUACUAAGUGCAUGCCAAGCUCAUGGACGAAUGGAUUUCUCGCAGCAGAUUCUUAUGCAUAUCCAUGAGUUGGAGUCCUCUGGGAAUGGGAUUUAUGUCCUUCUCUCCAACAUGUAUGCAGUGAGUGAUAGAUGGGCAGAUGUAGGGAAGGCGAGAGGGUUCAUGAAUGAGAAAGGCAUGCAGAAGGAACCAGGAUCCAGUGUGAUUGAGGUGAAUGGGAAGACCUGUGAAUUCUUAGUUGGGCAACAGAACCAUCUGUAUAUGGAUGAUGUACGUGCAAUGCUUUCCAUACUUAUGAAGCAAAUACAUCUGGAUGGUCUCUAGUUCUUUAGGAUUUAAAUGGUUAUUGUGUUCUGCCGAGAUCAUCUUGCUGCUUGUGUUCCAUUUGGACAAAUGAUGAUCAACGAUUCUUGGAUUGGUUACUAUGUUUGCAUUUACACUAUUUAUUAUUCCUAAGCUAAUGUGAGGAUUUUCUGGUACUAAAGCUUAGCAGUCAAGUGGUCUGCCUAACAGUGAAAUCCGCAAGUCAGCAUCGUGAUCAGACUGGCAAAUGGAGGAAUAGACCUGACAGUUAUAAGCCAUUGGCAUAAUAUUGAGACUGCUAGAGUUUCCACUAUGCACAUUAUUGCACCAAUAGUUAUGCAAAGUUCUCAGUAAGCCUAGGAUGCUUUCUUUUUUAAAGAACAUGACGUGUUAUCAGUUGCAUUCUUCAAUGAUGCACUCAAUUUGUUGCUUUGAUAGUCGCUUUUGAACAUGACAUGGACAACAGUUGUUGGGUGCAGAAUCAGUAGGAUUUCGUUCCUGAAGAACCAGAUAAAGUGUUCUCCAAGAUGAGAUCUGAAGCUAAAUUCAUUCGUAAAGCACCUUGUUUAGUGCCUGGAUACGUAUCAAAGGUAGUAGUUCUUAAAUGAAGAUACAUUAAAAGGUCCACCAUUGACCAGCACGUUGCGAUGUGCCUGACCCCAUUCAUCUUCUCACAUGAAUAUCACCUCUUCUUGUAGAGGGCUAUGAAUGAUCCUGACUUUUAUCUAAUGUACCGUCUGCCUCCACAUCCGUUCUCCCUCUGGCAAUUGAAGAACACUGCUGCCACAGGAGGUCCAAGAUUAUACAGUGCGGAAAAAUCUCUUGUAUUGAAAUUUGGUCUCCAUCCUGGUGCAUAAAUAGUCUGUUGUACAUAUUGGCGAAAUAAUAUAAAGACAAAACGAUGUAUCCCUGCAGUUGGUUUUGGGCUUUCAUAACUGACAACUUCAUUUCCUGUAAUAAAAAUUGUUAAAACAUGUUAAAGUCAGUUCAUAUGAGUAUUGCUCUCAGCCUCUCAAACUUAAAAGUUCUAUGCAUGAAGUAUGGACAUCCAUUGGUCAAGUUUAGGUUAAUAAAAAAAUAGCAUAGGGAUGCUCAUGUUGAGCUCAGUGCAGUCAGAUCAGACAAGUUUAUGACAAUCAUAGUUAAAAGAAAUUAUUUCCAUGGGUUGAUGUCGAAGGCAGGACGAUCUGCUGUUUAUCAUCUGAAAUCCAGGCAGCAUUCAAAUAUGCAGGUAUAUGUGCUGACCUAUCAAAAGCAAACAGAAUAUCUUUGUUUACACGAAAUAAAGAAAUAGAGGUGCAAAGGUCUUUUUCAAUCCACCCAGUCACACAGAUGAAGUUGUACAACUUACAGAAAGCUGAGAAUAUUUGCUUCCAGUGUUCUAUACGUACUGAACACUAAUAGCACAUGCUACAGUAAUGAGGAUUUGGACUUACCAGAGUGUAAAGGUUCCUUAUGUCGCGGCCAGCAAUUUCAAUCCUUGGUUCAUUUGCUACCUGUGACGGUUUGAGCUCAGACCCAUUUGUUAAUUCCUUGUUGUUGUAUAGGACCUUGAGUGAUGCUGAUUUGUUGAAUGGGUCUAAGAUAUCCCCAACAACAUGUCCUACGACAAGUGGGUCCCUUGACAUGGCUAGUGAAGAUUGAUGAUCUUCAGGAGUUGAGCAAGAAGAGGCUGUGCUAAGAAGCUAACUUGAGCAGAAAUGUUGAACUUGGGUGAACUGAUGAGUGCAGGAAUAUGCCUGCGGAGCUGAUGGACUCUACAUAAAGCGGACGCAGAAAGCAGAGAUAGAUAAGGCAAAGGCCUACUACAUUUAUUCUUGACCAACAGGGGCCCGCGGAAUCCCAUUUUAUUCCUGUAAUUCGCACCAAAGAUUUUAUGUCAAUCACGCCUCCCCCUUCUGAUGUUAUGUUCCCACUUGCAGAACGCAGGCCUUGAGCUGUGCAUCGAGGAAUCAAGCCACUGGUUUUCUCAGUCCUCCACUCCUGCUGGCACCUAAAUGUCUCAUCCUAUUAAGCAUUUUGCAAGAUAAACUCCAGGAAGGAGGCGGCUGGAGGGUAGCAGGAAAGGCAAAGAGCUCAGUUACGUGGACGAAGCGAACGUCAGGUUGAGAGUUGGAAUCCAUGCCCCGAACUGUCGCUGGCUUGAUAAUCUUGACUGGAGAACAAUUGAACAAGGCAGAGAACAAUGCACCAUCCCCCCUUCACGUGGGCGCAUCCCAUUCGUCGCGUGAUCGAUAGGACUUGCAGAGGGGGGGCCGUGGUCCUCGCCGAGUCGCCGGCGCCGGAUUCUCUGUGAAAAGAGGCUGCAAAGGAGAUUCCACAAGGCAGAAAAAUCUGCCGGAAACGGCAACAUGAUCGUGCUGCUGCUCUCGACCACCGUCGCCAUCAGCCCAGUUGAUGAGGGCAAGUGUAGUACAAAACCUCAGCGCCUGCCCGCUGCCAUUGGCUUGCUUUGGGUCAGAAAGCAACACCAAGGUUUUUGGGUCUUUCAGAUCAGAAAGCAACGCAAAAGACUGGCUCUUCGGAUCAGAAAGCGACCUCUAGUGUGUGCUUUCGGAAUUCAGAUCAGAUAUAUGCGUCGACGACACUUGCUUCAUCGAGUGUAUGCCCUUCUUCUUCUUCAGCACUGUUGCAGUUGACCUGUCCACAUAACACAUUCCAUGGAUAUCAGGCCAGGCCUACCGUGUGUAUAUCUGAUGAUGGACUAGCAGCAUAUCGGUUGGCCCAGGUAAAACUAGGCAUAUAUCGCUUGUUUACAUAGCUUCAUCUGAAGCCUCCAUGAUAUCAUCCAAUCUAAUUUUUUGUAUCAAGUUCUAUCUAUCCUAACACUCGUCAACUCCAAUAGCGCGGGUGGCUUGAUAGUUGAUACAUAUCCUGAUAUCAAGCAGAUUGCGGAACAAACAAGCCGAAAUUUACGAUGAUCUGUUUGCCUUUUUGUUAUUCUGCUACGCGUUCGUAUUGCGGCUGACAUAUUUUUAAGGUGAUGUAUCUGGAUCAGUGAUCACAUCAAGAAAAACAGUUGCGAGGUCAAAAGAGAGGAGCAGCUUGGCUGUGGAAGAACUUAUGCCUCGUCGUCGAAUAAGACAGGAGUUUUGUAGGAUGCAGAAUCUAUGCCCCGGAAGAACUAGAUUGGUAACAAUAAUGUGUAUAAAUGAAACGAUUUCAUAUUUUUCACAAUGUUAGACAUAUGCGUGCAAUAUUUAUUUGAAACUUCAAUCUUCUGAAUAUCCUGAUAACACGAUUCAACUACAUAAAAGUAUCAGUUUUUACUGA